AUGACGGUCUUGGCGAGGAAGCCGGAAAGCGCUGGAGAGGCUGACCAGCGUGAGCGCGAGCGGAUAGCGCAGCGCGAACGAGAGCAUCGUGGCUCUGGAGGCUUCUCUCAGGGCGCUACGCGCCCUGUCACCGACCGGAACGGUGCGGGCGUCACCGAGACGGCCUGGCUCUCGGCUGACCACUCGCGCGCGGAGCUCGUGCUCGGCCUGGACGGCGAGCCCUACUUCCUGCUGACCGAGACUGUCCGGCCGGCCGCCGGCUCGGAGGGCGAGGCUGCGCCUCCGACCCGCCGACUCCUCGAGUACGCAAUCAAGGCGGAGUGCACGCACCUGGGCUGCCUCGUGCAGGAGGACGUGGCGCUGCUGGCCGGGCCGGGCGGGUUUGCGUGCCCGUGCCACGGCUCAAAGGAGGGGGAGCCGGCGGGGCUGCAAAAGCUCAGCUUCUCGCGGAAGCUCGACCGCUCCGACUUUGUGCUUCUCGAGCUCGCCCUCCCGCUCGGCAUGCUCAUCGAGGAGACGGCGGACGGAGACAUCGUCGUCAACGGGGCGAUGCCGGGCUACAGCGCCGCCGGAGGGUACGAGGAGCCAGACCGCGUGCUGCCGGGCGACAUCCUGGCCUCGUACACCCCCGUGGGCAAGCUCGAGACCAAGCGGCUCAUCUUUCGGACCGAGGGCGCCACCUUUGCGGACGUGCGCGGCGCCAUCGCCUCGCACCGCGAGGACGACGGCGGCAAUGGAGUCGUGACGCUGGUGCUCGAGCGGGCGGUCAGCGCGAGCACGCCGCUCAACCAGACGCGCGACACCGAGCCGCCGAGGCUCGAGCCGCUCUCCGACGUCAUCCUGCGCGACCUCAAGAAGAAGCGCGUGGAGGACGACCUGACCAAGCAGGUGGAGGGCAUGUCCGCGGCGGAGCGCACACAGAGGCUGCUCGACCUCGGCUUCGACGUACCACCGCCGGACCCGGAGGAGUAG